UGUUGGAGGAUCACAGGAGCCUGAGGCUGGACUCCCUCUGGGCAUCAUACUGGCUGACACCACUUGACUCACCAUCACUUGCUGAUUUACUCAUAUUAACAGUUUGAGGAAUUGACUAAAGGCUAUUCUGAUCCAGAGUUCAUCCCAGAUUUGUCUCACCCAACAUCAUCAUGGCUGAGUCUAGUUUCCCUUUACCACCAGAGGAUUACUGUCCCCUGUGUGUGGACGCAAUGAGAGACCCGGUCACCAUCCCCUGUGGUGACACCUAUUGCCUGGAGUGCAUUAAGAUCUACUGGGACCAGUUCGACCACAUGGGCGUAUACAGCUGCCCACAGUGCCGCGCAACCUUCACCCCGAGGCCCGUGCUGAGACGCAAUCUGCCCGACGUGCACCACGAGCCACGCCGCCAGCUUCCGGAGCUCACCCCUUUCCCCUACAUGCACCGGGAAUCCUUCUGCGACUUCUGCGUCGGCCGGCGCAACAAGGCCGUCAAGUCGUGCCUCAUGUGCCUGGCCUACUACUGCGAAACGCACGUCAAGCCACACUACGAGUCAUCCACCUUCAAGAGGCACAAGCUGGUGGAUGAGACGGGCCACCUGGACAGGAAGAUCUGCCCCCAGCACGAGAAAGGCCUGGAGCUGUUCUGUCGCUCUGACCAGAUGUGCAUCUGCGUGCUGUGUACUGUCAGAGAGCACCGCAGCCACAACAUCACCUCAGCAGAAGAAGAGCGCGUCGAAAAACAAAAAGUCUUGGUGAUCACCCAGUCCGAAGUCCAGCACAUCAUUCAGGAGAGGAUGAAGGAGCUGCAGGAGCUCAAACAUAAUGUGGAUGUCCUAAAAAGCUGCGCCCAGCGAGCGCAGGCAGAAAGCGACAAGACAUUCCAUGAAAUGCUGCAGGCGGUGGAGCGCUGGAAGGCCGAAAUCAGUCAGAUGAUAAUGGCCAACAUGCAGGCAGCGAUGUCCCAGGCUGAGGGCUACGUGGACCGUCUGGAGCAGGAGAUACUGGAGCUGCAGCGCAGAGACGCAGAGCUACGUCAGAUCCUCGAAACAGAGGACAACAUCCACUUUCUUCAGAAUUUUCCGACCCUGUGUGUUCCUCCCGAGGCCAUGGUGCCCAAAGUGCUCAUCAACCCUCAGUUCUCCUUCGGAGAGAUGAGCAAGACAGCCACCGAGAUGAAGGAACAUCUGGACGAGAUCUGUAAGAAGGAACUGAGCAAAAUCUCCAAAACAGUGAGUGAAACCCCCGUCUACAUACUUCUGCCAAGAAAUGGAGACAAACGACUCAAAGUUCCUUCCAGAGUUGAUUUUCAGGAGCCAAAAACCAGGACAGACUUCUUAAGAUACGCCUGCAAGAUGUCCUUCGAUCCAAACACGGUCUAUAAAGAGCUGGUCCUGUCGGACGGGAACCAGAGGGUCACGCGCAAGAAAACGGUACAGUUUUACGGAGAUCAUCCGGAGCGCUUUGAUGGCUUCUCCCAGGUGCUGUGCAAGGAGCCUCUGACUGGUUUUAGAUUUUACUGGGAGGCAGAGUGGAGCGGGGAGUUUUCCAUCGGGGUGGCCUACAAAAGCAUCAGUCGCAAAGGGAAAAAUUCGCACAGCCUGCUGGGCUACAACGACAAGUCUUGGAGCCUCCUGUGCUCAGACUCAGGCUACUCUGCCUGGCACAACAAAGUAGACCGAGACCUUCCUGAUGCUCACAGGGCCACACGAAUCGGUGUGUACCUCGAUUAUGCCGGCAACACUGUGGCCUUUUAUUCAGUAUCAGAGGCUAUGGAGCUUAUCCACAGGUUCAAAGCUCAGUUCAGCGAGCCUUUGUUUGCUGGUUUUGGUGUGGGCUCCUCUGUUACCCUCUGCCAGCUGAAGCAGAGUGCCCUGCCUUACUAAGACUUUGUGUGAAAGUUACAGAACUUUGUACUGUGCAAUGUAAAGUUGUUGUUUGCAAAAAUGAAUUUGAAACCUCUUUUAUGUUGUUGUGAGCAGACUGUGCAUGCCCCUGCAAUACGCAAUGAUAAUGUCUCACUGAGCAUGAUUUGAGAUGCAUGUACCACUGCGUUUAUGUCCUGCUUGUUUGGAGGAAUAUUAAAAGGGACACAGCAAGUAUAGCAAUGCAGUCCUCUAAUGCUAAUAACAGAAGGCCUAUAUAGAGGGCUGUGAUGUUUUUAUGAGAAGUAACAACCUGCAGCUGGAUGGUAAGAAUAUGCUUGUAUAUUUGGGUGUUUGUAAACUGUACAAAAACAAAAACGUACAUGGUGUUGCAAACUGUUCAAGUUUUUAUUGUCUUACAGAGAGCAACUUUCAGCAACCAUGACAUGAAACACUAAAAACAGCUUUAUAAUUACAUAUAAAUCUAAUAAAAUAUAUUAAAAUAUUAAGAGAAAUAUUUUUAAAUAAAGUAAUUAAAUAUGAUCAUUUCAACUACUGCAUUGUACAAUUUCGCUGUAUUUUAUGACUCAUUUCUAACUAUGUUUAAUUUCGUUAUUUUUGGCAUCAAAUGACCUUUCGUCUGCCUAUAGAUGUCAGCAUUUAUUGUGAAUUUUCUUCACUCUGAAAUGUGGGCUGGGUGGGUCAAAACCUGGGAUAAUAAAGACACAGAUAUUUACAGAACUGUGAAAAAAAACAACAACAAAGCUUUAGUAUUACUCCCGUCAAGGAUUUGACAGCUGACAGGUUAGUCCAGAUGAAAUCAGAAGCCCUUUUCCUCAUGCUGUUACCUCUGGGUUGGUCCCUCUGGCCCUCUCCUGGUCCACGGCGUUUCAGAGCUCUGACAACUGAGAAGAGGGAUGAAAUCAGGGGCUUCCUCUCUUUCCUUCUCUUCGUUAUAAGCCACAGGACAUAGACACUGGUGCAAAGACCGAGAGAAGGUUUGCAGGGAAUGCAACUCCUGCCCGAGCAUCCCUCACAGUGUUUUCUUCAGGUGACACCUACAGUGGAGUUGUGGCUGUAUGGUUGAUGGUGGAAACAUCUAUUUUCAUCCUAAUAAUAAACACAUUAAUCAACAUUAGACUGCUGAA